CAAAGCGUCCCUCUUUCCCCAGCAACGGCAAACAUGGCAAAUGAAAAGAAAGGAAGUUACCGAACUAAACGAGUUUUCGUCAACAAUAUUGAUACCUAUUCAUCUAAAUGUAUCGCGAAGUUUCUGUCAACCUGCAUGGUUGGCGGCUCCUUGGAGGAGGCAGAGGAAGAUGGUCCCGCUGAGGAUGAGCAAACACUUCAAGAUGGGACUUUUCAAAUUGUUGGAACUAUCUCAAACAACGAGGGGGAAAAACCCAGUUUUGCAUUAGAAUGUUAUACUUCACAGAAGCGAGAUCAGCUACUGCCAAGCCUAUUGGAAUGUGAUGUGGUGGUUUACAACAUCUCAGAACAUGCAACAGCAGAGCUGAUAGAUGAGGCAAUUUGGGCAAUUUCAGCUCUUCACUCAGAUAUUGAGAGUUUUGCAUCUCAGAAGAUAUUCAUUUUGAUAUCAUCAGUCAUGACCUGGGCAAUGAGCAAGCCAGCCGAUCCUAAUGACCCAGAGAUUCCUCUGACAGAGGACGACUACAGGAGGAAAAGACAUCAUCCUAACUUCAAGGAGCACACCAACGCAGAGAAAACUGUGCUCAAACUGGGCAAAACUAAAAAGUCCAAGCUGUCCAGUUAUGUUGUGGCAGCAGGUGUUCAGUAUGGAAUGGGAGAAAACCUCCUUCACUACUUCUUCAAGACGUCUUGGCUGGGGGAGUUUGCACAAGUUCCUGUUUUUGGGCCUGGCACAAAUGUUAUCCCUACCAUUCAUGUCAACGACCUUGCAGGGGUUAUUCAGAAUGUAAUCGACCACAAGCCAAAGAUACAUUAUUUCCUCGCUGUGGAUGAUUCCAAUAAUACUUUUGAGGAUAUUGUGAAGAUAAUAAGCUUUGUGCUCGGUCCAGGGAAGAUCAAGAAAGUCUCUAAGGAGGAGGCCUACCUCACCAAUGUUCUGACGAACGAUGAUGUGGAUUACCUGAGUGUCAACCUGCGGAUAGAGCCAACCUUUCUGAAGGAAACCUUCAACCUUCACUGGGUGUCAGAGGCUGGCAUCAUUGAUAACAUCAACCGGGUGGUGGAGGAAUACAAACUGUUGAGACUACUACUGCCCAUCAGAAUCUGUCUCCUGGGCCCUCCAGCAGUAGGGAAGAGCACCGUGGCAGAGAAACUGUGUAAACAUUACAAACUGCACCACAUCAACCUCAAAGAGAUCAUUGAUGAGAAUAUGCAUCAUCUGGAGGAGGCUGUGAAUGUGGCUGAGCAGGAGGGAGAGAAUGAGGAGGCGCUCAGUAACGCUCAGGACCAACUGGACUCUCUGAAGGACAGCAUGGAGCAAAAUGGAGAGUUCAUUUUCUCCCUGGAGGCAUCUGAUGACUUUUUAAAGGAGCGGGUGCAGAACCUACCUGAGAGUGUGGCAGAGAAAAUGCACUACUCUAAAGACGAGUACCUUACCCGGCUGAAGAAAUUUAGAAAGGUCAACGUGGAAGAUGAAACGGUUCUGAACUACUUUGACGAGCUGGAGAUUCACCCAGAGCACAUUGAGGUGAACAAUGCCGUCGAUCCUGAAUACGGCGAUGUGAUGGACAAAAUCACCAGGCUGGUGGGGCGUCCCAGGAACUACGGACCCACCCCUGAGGAGAGAGAGGAGAUGGAGAGGAAGUCCGUAGAGGAGACAGCACAGCGCCUGGUACUGGAGACAGCAGAGUGGAAGAGGAGGGAGGCUGAGACCGCUGCCAAGAUGGCCACACAGCUAGAGGAGUGGAACCGUCACGUGACUGAGGUGAAGAGGCAGGAGCAUGAGCUGCUGGAGGCUCGCGCCGCCCCCCUGAGGAACUACCUGAUGAAUUACGUAAUGCCCUCUCUCACUGAGGGCAUGAUGGAGUGCUGCAAGGCCAAGCCAGACGACCCAGUAGACUUCCUGGCUGAAUAUCUCCUCCGGAAUAAUUCACAAGAUUAGUGUGAUGUGGUUAACACAUUCCAAACGUCUAUGAGACCUUGUCGGCUGAUAUUAUAAAUGUUUUGUCAUGACAGUGUUCUGUGUUGAUCAAGUCUACCUUGUUUAUUUUCCCCCACAAGAAAUACCAAAAAAAUCUAGUCCUCCGUUUGGAGGAAUUAUUGUGAAGAUCAUUUUAUGAAUAUAAUGAUCUUUAACUAAAAAAAGUUAAAUGUAUAUUCUGAUUAAAAUGUGUGUUAAUGCCUAUGCUACACCCACCCUAGCAUGAAUUGUAAUCCAAUUACAAACCCACAGCCGAUUGACACAACGGCUAAAUUUCAAAAACAAGCGUGAAAACAGAGCUAGUGAUUUUCUGAACAAGAAGUUCAACUGAAUAAAACUCACCAAAAAAAAGAAGCUUAAAUUUAAGGCCAGGCAUCACAGGCUGACAUUUUUACAUCUAUCAAUUUUGAGAUUUAUUUUGUAUUUUGGUCUAUUAAUAUUAGUAUAUUCACACAAAAAAAACAUAAACAUUUCAAAAACUUGAUGAAAAUAUAUAUUUUCUUUAGCUGCUCAUAUUCUACUACCUUCAUUUGAAUGAAUUUUAACCACUUUAAAAUGGAAUUAUAUCAAUAAUUUCAAAGCGCACUACAUUGAUUUCCCCAUCAUUUAAAAUCCCAUUUCAUAGAGAAUGUUACAAACUGGACUAUAUUUAGUAACUUACUUUGAAGAGAUGGUGAUUUGGGUCUAAGUAGGUGUUUAGUAGUCUAAUUUCAGCCACCACAUUUUUCUCAGCAUCAGAAGCAUCUGUAUUCACCAAUUUGUGUGUGGUUAUGCUAAGAUAUAUUCUCCAGACUUGCUCUGAGGGAAUUGUUGAUAUGUUGUAAAUGUUUUAUUCUAGAUAACAUUUUCUUUGGAAAGGAAAGAAAAA